AUGUCUUCCGGCGGUGGUUCCAGCAGCAAUAACGGCUCAGGCUCAAACCAGUACGGCUCUGGUGGCUAUUCCAAGAAUGACUCUUUUGCCUGGGGGUCUAAGGGCCAGUCCUCCUCUGGUACUUACAUCGACAACAAGGGUUACAAGAGAAACACCAGGGACGACUCUUACACCUACGAGUACCCUCCCAGGAUGUACAACCCCGACGGCAGUGUUAAGCAUUCCUAA